CCCACUUUUGCACCGCAGCUCGUCAACGGCGCCCCAGAACUCGCAAUACCGGGCCCUUGGCAGGUCUUGGGUGUACGCACUUCAACCCACUGCUUUGCACUCGCGUUAUACACCCGUGCAGCAAUUGAGCCAAUGCGUUGCCAUGAGCACGUUGACGUUGACAGUAUUCGGUUGUCCUAUUAGGCUACAAUAUAUAAAAAUGAAUGUAAGUUGAGGUUGACGUGCGGAAACAGCAACGAUGUACCAUCUAGAAAGCCAAGCUCACUACGCCAAUCCAUGCCCAAAGAUCACCUAAGUACUAUCGCAGCACCCCACUGGUGACCCCAGCCGACGUAUGACGACUAUUUCCAGGACUGCAGGUCAACCCGGAAAGAGCCCCAUAAUGGUGAGCUACGAAAAAUAGUAUAAAGAGCACACCAAUGGCUUCUCUGACUGCCUCCAACGUUGACCUCUUGCUCGACUUCCGACAUCAUGGCGCUUCUGAAGUCUCUCGUCGGUCUGCUGGCCAUUCCUCUGGUAUGUGCGGCGCCUCAAGCACAGAGCCAGUCUUCCAGCUCAGUAGCUACCGCUAGCGCAUCGAGCGCUGCUGCAGACCCGUCGUCGACUGCCUCGCCCGAUCCUCUGAGCACGGAAGAGACAGAGGCUCUGUUCCAGCUGCACGAGGAUCUGGUCAACAUCCCGUCCAUCUCAGACGACGAGAUCGAGUGCGCAGAGUGGCUGGAGGAGUACCUGAGCGCGAAGGACUACUAUGUCGAGCGCGUCCCCGUGACCGCGGGAGCUGAGGGCCGGUUCAACGUCUUUGCGUAUCCCCAAGCCAUUCGCGACAAUGGCAGCUGGCCUGAGGUUCUUGUCACCAGCCACAUCGACACUGUCCCUCCCUUCAUCCCCUUUGAGACCCGCGAGGAGAACGGCACAACGUACCACUUCGGCCGCGGCAGCGUCGACGCCAAAGGCGCCGUAGCCCCCAUGCUGAUCGCGACCGAGAAAUUCCUCGCCGCCCGCAGCGCCCCUGCCUCCAUCGGCCUGCUCUUCGUCGUCGGCGAGGAAACCGGCGGCGACGGCAUGCAAGCCUUCGCCCAGUACGCCGCCAACACGACCUUCCGCGCCGCCAUCUUCGGCGAGCCGACCGAGAGCAAGCUCGCCAGCGGCCACAAAGGCGCCCUCGGCCUGACCCUCAGCGUCCAGGGCCGCUCCGCGCACUCCGCGUACCCCCAGUUGGGACUCAGCGCGAUCAACUACCUGUCCGAAGCCAUCGUCGCCCUCAACAGCCUCGAGCCCGCGCUGCCCCGCAGCGACGUCCUCGGCCCCUCGACGCUCAACGUGGGCACUGUGCGCGGCGGCGUCGCAACGAACGUGCUCGCGCCCAACGCGACAGCCGGGGUCUCGAUCCGGAUAGCACGCAGCGAGAACGGGUCCGUGGAGGUCGUGCGCGACAUGAUCGCGGGGAUGCUGGCGCCGAUUAUCCAGGAAGUCGAGGCGCGCAACGGGUCCUUCAAUGCGACCUUCUCGAGCGCGUUCUAUCCCGCGCAGAUCCUGGACACGGGCGUGGCCGGGCUGCAGGAGGCGCCGGUGUUCUACGGCACGGAUAUCCCGUCGCUGCCGCAGGUGGGGCUGCGGUAUCUGUAUGGCGCGGGCACGAUCGAGGUCGCGCAUACGCCGGACGAGCAGUUGCCGCAGGACGAGCUGGUGCAGGCGGCGGAGGCGUAUGGGUUGAUUCUGCGGCAUUUGUUUCCGGAGAACUAGAUCUCGUUGGUAGUUAGGUCUGCGGUGCGUGGACCGGCUGGAAUCAAAACGUGUAUUU